AUGGACACUUGGGCUACCUUUCGUAGGGCAAGAAUCGUUGUCUUCGCUGUGCUUGUGUUCCUAUGUCUUGCCUGGAUCAUUGUCUACUUCCGCCUGUGGUUAGAUUUCGCCCGCGCUGGCCUCCUUCUUGUCCUCCACUCGGGUAAGGCACGCCAUUACACAAUCGAACAUACAUCGAUUGACAAAGUGUUUUUGCUUCAAGGCAGUGCAAUCCUCUUCACGUUUUUUAGACCCCAGCUUCCCUGCGUCAAUCUUGGCCCUGAAGCCGUGUGCAGAAGAUUCAAUUAUGUGAUUUGGGUGGGCUGUUGGGUUAUCGCCGUACUGGGUACGAUCCACGCCUCACUUCAAUCAGAUCAGAGGUUCAUCAACGACGCAGUGUUAGGAUACACCGCAUCCUUGUGCAUCAUGGCAUGUCUGCCUAGACCAAUUGCAUCACUGUCAGGCAAAUCAAUCACGAAUCUACCGCCAAAUACGCCGCAGUUCAGCAAAUUCGAUGAUGUUUUUGAUCUCACAAGGAAUUCUCAACUAACUGUGAAUUCCCAAACUCUGCUUUUGGACGCUUCAACCGCAGAAGACAGUAGAAGAAAAUCUGUGGCAACAAUACUUCCAGAGCCUCGCGCACUCUAUGUUGUCAACGGAGACACUCUUUCAUCUAUUGACCAGGGUUCCUAUUCCCGUCGCAUCUCCUCUGCCUAUCAACCCUCAGGGGACCUGUCUUACUCUUUUUUGUUCCCCGACACUUUCAAAGACGCUAUCUCUCGGUCUGGUACACCUGACUCAGCUCAUACCGUGACAACUGUAUCAUCUGAUUCUUCCGUUCGCUCUGCUUCUACUCUCCAUGCAGAAUCAGGUCAUAAGGUAUUUCCCGCCGAGAGCAUGGAACCUCUGAAACCCUUCCCUGUGUUUCAUGAAACGCCUGUAGAUACGUUAUCGACUUCGGGACCAUCGCCAUCGCCAUACUCACCGACCCUCAUGGCUCCCUCCAUGGCAUUCACGAAGUACGACCCCAUUUGGCCCAUCAGAUCCUCCUCUGUGCCAGUUUAUCACCAGUAUUCGCACUCCCAUCUUAUCCCCUUCAAUCUCCCCAACCCAUAUGUAAUCCGAGGCCCACCGGUGACUCAAUCGAGUAGAUACUUGGCCGCCUCGCACACCCCUCGAAUUGUGCCGCCCCGCGAGCAUACUUCGACUCCAAGUGGGCGAUCAAUUCGCUCUGACGCUGCGAGUUUUCACUUCAAUCUAGGCGGUACAGGAGCAUAUUGUCCACCUCUGCGCCCGCCGCCUAUAGCCAGGAAUUCAAAUACCAGUUAUCUCCGAAACCAUCGUCCGUUCAGUACCGUCCUGCAUUUCGAGGCACCAGAAUCAUUCUCACCGUAUGGUCGUGAUGUCCUAUCAAACGGGAUGAAUGGUGGGAGUGUUUCUUCCGAGGCGGCUAUGAACAUCCGCCGCUAUGCGUCGGUGCCAAAUGGAAACAUGCAGGAAUCGCCACGGUAUGGGGCUGCACGGCACGUUGUGCACAUGCCUGCGUUGGGUCAACGGAACGGGACCGAAGACAAGAUCGUUGAUCCGUCACAGUGGAGAAUGCUCGUCAUGGAUGCUGCUAAUCGGGCAGCGCAGCUUUCUAUUUUCGUUACCUUCACAGUCCUGUACCAAGUGUUUCGAAAUGGUACAGAGUGGUACUCAUGGACAAUACGAACACUCCACUUGCACGUUCAAGAUUUCAGAAUCAUGCGUGAAUGA